GGCCCACACCAGUACGACAAACAAACAGAACAUGGCUAAUCAAUUCUUGAUCUUGUGUUCACUGGCCGUUUUGGUUCACUCUGCUCUGUCUUGCACAUACCAAGGCAAAGACUUCAAAAUUGGGGAGAAGUUUCCAGCAGUCGAUGGAUGCAACGAGUGCGUCUGUGGAGCCAUUGGAGUGCUCUGCACUAAGAUGAUGUGCUCCUUUAAGACAACAGUGCCUGCAGGCAAAUCGUGCACAGUGGAUGUGGCCGGUGUUCCCACAACAUACCCAAAUGGUCAGUCUUACAAAUCCCCUGACGGCUGCAACACCUGCGUCUGCCAGGACGGUAUGCCCAUUUGUACGCUCAUGGCCUGCAUCAAGGACACCACCUGCACUGACCCCGCCACAGGCAAGACAUACGCCCCAGGCUCCAGCUUUAAAUCUUCUGAUGGUUGCAACACGUGCAACUGCUUCAAUGGAAUCAUCUCCUGUACAGAAAUGGCCUGCAUGAAUACAGGAGUAUGCUUCGAUGACAGCACUGGGCAGACGUACAAGACCGGUGAAACUUUUGAGGCUCCAGAUGGCUGCAAUACUUGCAGCUGUCAAAAGACUGUCAUAUCAUGCACUAAAAUAGCCUGCUAAUUGGUAGGUGUUUGAGUAGAUGACUGUAGCAAUACAGAGGUAUAUUUUCUCCUAUCUUACAUUUAAUGAGAAAAAAUAUACACACUUGUUUCUCAUGCUUCAGCUGUGUGACUUUGCGGCAGAUCAGUGUAUGAUUUGAUAUCAUCACAUAUUUUACCCAUUCAAGAACACUGCAUUAAAAAAACAAACAAACAUCAU